ACCGGCAGCAGCUCCAUCUGGAAGGUCAAACACGCAAUGGCAGCGCCGAAGAAAGUGUGUGUGAUCGGCUCUGGUAACUGGGGCUCGGCCAUCGCCAAGAUUGUGGGCGCCAACGCGGCCAAGUAUGACACGUUUGACAGCACGGUGAACAUGUGGGUGUUUGAAGAGACGGUGAACGGCCGUAAACUCACAGAAAUAAUCAACACGGACCAUGAGAACCUGAAGUACCUGCCCGGCCACAAGCUGCCCUCCAACGUGUUGGCCGUUCCAGACUUGGCCGAGUCGGUGAAAGGAGCCGACAUCCUGAUCUUCGUGGUGCCGCACCAGUUCAUUGUGCGCGUGUGCGACACCAUUAAAGACCACAUCAAGAAGGAUGCUGUAGGAAUGUCUCUCAUCAAGGGUGUGGAUGCGGGUCCAGAGGGUCUGAAGCUGAUCUCUGAGGUCAUCCGAGGGAAGCUGGGCAUCACGGUGACCGUCCUCAUGGGAGCCAACAUCGCCAACGAGGUCGCCGAGGAGAAGUUUUGUGAAACAACGAUCGGGUGCAGAGACAAGGCAUUUGGGCCCAUGCUGAAGGAGCUGAUGCAGACCAUCAACUUCCGUGUGACGGUGGUGGAGGAGUCUGACGUGGUGGAGAUCUGCGGGGCGCUCAAGAACAUCGUGGCAGUGGGAGCCGGUUUCUGUGACGGCCUGGGGUUCGGUGACAACACCAAGGCGGCGGUGAUUCGCCUCGGCCUGAUGGAGAUGAUCGCCUUCGCCAGGCUCUUCUGCACAAACUGCCAAGUCUCCCCCGCCACCUUCCUGGAGAGCUGCGGCAUCGCUGACCUCAUCACAACCUGCUACGGCGGACGCAACCGCAAGGUCGGGGAGGCGUUCGCCAAAACAGGCAAAAGCAUUGAGCAGUUAGAAAAUGAGCUGUUGAACGGUCAGAAGCUUCAAGGUCCAGCGACGGCGUCCGAGGUCCAUCAAAUAUUGAAAGAUAAAAACAUGGUGGAAAAGUUUCCCCUUUUCACCGCUGUUCACCAGAUCUGCUUCAACGGCCACUCGGUCACAGAUUUCAUCAAGUGUUUGCAGAACCACCCGGAGCACAUUUGAAGGGACUCACUCUAGAUCUACUGUCAAACCCAGGUGAUCGUAGGGAGGAAGGUUAGGUGAAGACUGUACCAAGUACUUUCAUGUUUGAAUCUCAAACACACAAAAACACAGAGUUGCCUUCUCUACUCCGACUCCCUCGCCUUCCAUGACAAUACCGACAGAAGCUCUGACUUAUUAGAAACUCAUUGUUGCAUUGGAAUCUCCCAAGUCUUAAAGGUUUAAAGAAUUCAUACAAUUUACACGAUGCUUAAACCCCCACCUGAAUGUUACGUAACUGUUUGGCUAGGAGCCAGAACGUGCCUUUUCACGGACAUGUUUAACAAAGCACUGAACACAGUUCCAACUGCCACUGUGUUGUUUCUUUCUUCCGGAUUUACGAUGAUUUGGAUAUUUUUUGAAUAAAUUAUUGAGCUUGUUGACUUUGCGCCUCUGCUCAUGUUUAAUAAUUUUUCCGUUUGACUCGCUGGGAUCUUCCUGCAGGACACACUCACUGUGCAGCCGCCUGGCUGUAACCUGACCUGAGCUCAGCCAGGCUGCCACUCUAAACUCUUCACCUUUACCAUUUUCUAGAGCGUCUAUUCAACCUUUCUUUUUAAGUCCACGCCCUGUCUCAGUCCUCAUAAGUGAUGACUGAGUUAUUCAGUGUGGGUUAUUGAUAUUAUUUUAAUAGGAAUUAGGAAUGCCGUCAUAAAUUAACCCACUUUACUUAUUUGUUUUGUUUUGAUUCAUUUAGAAACAUGUCUGAAGAUGUAAUCUCUCUCUAAAUUCUAUUUAAAAUGCAAGAAACUGAUGUGAAUUCAUUACCGGCCAUCUAUCCCUGACCAUAAGUCAGUGUAUCUCAUCAAUGAUCAGUGCCUGUAUGUCAUACACGGCUCAUACAGUAUUCUAAUUGUUAAAACGCUUGAGCAAGAAUCCUCCCCAUGUAUGCUCUUUA